AUUUUUUUGGUUUUUAGUUUUUAUUAGCUUUUAACUUUAAUAUCCAAAACCGCACACUUUGCUCUGUCUUCCCCAUUCUUUCUGCUCUCCUCGCUCUCCUUUUAAGUUCUUUACACCUUCACAUUUCACUUCUUUCUGUAAGUAUAGGGUUUUCAGAACUAAUCCGGCCUCAACUUGACUCUUACGGAAAAGAAAAAUUGGGACAGCUACUAUGCUGAGUCGCAGUAGAUUUUUUUACUGAAUCUUGAAAGAGAUGCCUCAAAUUUCACUGGAAUAGUGAAAAGCGAAGAAAUGGAAGCGGAGCAUGCGUUGGUCCUGGCAUGCGUAAUUUCAGGGACCCUUUUCUCUAUUCUGGGUUCAGCUUCUUUUGUUAUACUCUGGUUGGUGAAUUGGAGGCCCUGGCGCAUUUACAGUUGGAUCUUUGCUAGAAAAUGGCCAGGUUUCGUAAAAGGACCCCAGCUGGGAAUAUUGUGUGGUUUUCUGUCCCUAUUCACGUGGAUGAUUGUUAUCUCACCGGUUAUGGUGCUUCUAAUGUGGGGAUGCUGGCUAAUAAUGAUUUUAGGGCGAGAUCUAAUUGGUCUAGCUGUUAUCAUGGCUGGGGUUGCUCUACUUUUGGCAUUCUAUUCUGUUAUGCUUUGGUGGAGAACACAAUGGCAAAGUUCAAGGGCUGUUGCUGUUCUUCUUCUUCUAGCUGUUGGGUUGCUAUGUGCAUAUGAACUUUGUGCCGUCUAUGUUACUGCUGGUGCAAAGGCAUCUGAACGGUAUUCACCUUCUGGGUUCUUCUUUGGUGUCUCGGCAAUUGCUCUAGCUAUCAAUAUGCUCUUCAUCUGUAGAAUGGUUUUUAAUGGAAAUGGUGUAGAUAUUGACGAAUAUGUGAGAAGGGCAUAUAAAUUUGCUUACUCUGAUAGCAUCGAAGGCUUUACAUCUUGGGCUUCUCUAUUUCGGCUCCCUCCUUGUUCUCUUUGUAUAUUCAAUCUUAUAUGGUCUGACCGCCAAAGAGUCGCACUGGCUUGGAGCAAUUACAUCCGCUGCAAUUGGAAUGUCGGAACAUGCCUCUAUGGAUUCAAACUCCUCAAAAGUCGUGUUGCUGCACUUUGUGUUGCUGGGAUCUCUCGUGUCUUCCUGAUCUGUUUCGGAGUACAUUACUGGUACCUAGGACACUGUAUCAGCUAUGCCGUUGUGGCGUCUGUGCUACUUGGAGCCGCUGUUUCCCGCCAUUUGUUCAUUACGGAUCCAUCUGCUGCCAGAAGAGAUGCUCUGGAGAGUACUGUGAUCCGCCUAAGAGAAGGAUUCCGUAAAAAGGAAAACAGCUCGUCCAGCUCGUCCGAGGGCUGCGGUUCCAGCGUAAAACGCAGUAGCAGUGCAGAUGCUGGCCACCUUGGUAAUGUUACGGCACCUUGCACUGGUGAGCUCACUAGUUGGAAUACUGUUGAAGGGAUUCCUAGUGACAAAGGGAUUGAUAGUGGAAGGCCAAGUUUUGUUCUACACAGUGGCUCUUGUCAUUCGGUUGUUCAGGAAACUGAAGCAGGGCCCUCUUUUGUCGAUAAAAACACCGACCACCAUGGCUGUUUGGUAGCUUGUUCAAGCAGUGGCAUGGAAAGCCAGGGUGGCGACUCUAGUGCAUCUAAUUCCACAAGUCAGGUUCUGGACUUGAAUCUGGCGCUCGCAUUCCAGGAGAAGCUAAGUGAUCCAAGGAUUACAUCUAUCCUGAAAAGAAGAGGGACACAGGGGGAGAUUGAGUUGAUGAGCUUGCUGCAGGAUAAAGGGCUCGAUCCCAAUUUUGCCGUGAUGCUGAAGGAGAACGGGCUGGAUCCCAUGAUCCUUGCUUUGCUGCAGCGGAGUAGUCUGGAUGCAGAUAGGGACCACCGUGAUAAUACAGAAGUGAAUGUGGAGGACUCGACCAGCGUUGACAAUAUCCAUCCUAAUCAGAUUUCAUUUUCGGAAGAGCUUAGACUCCGUGGUUUGGAGAAAUGGCUUCAGCUGUGUAGGCUGGUCCUGCACUGUAUAGCUGGUGCUCCUGAGCGGUCGUGGCUUCUCUUCAGUUUUGUGUUUAGCAUAGAGACCACUGUUGUGGCCAUUUUCCGGCCAGCCACGAUUAAUCUGAUAAACACGACACAUCAACAGUUUGAAUUUGGCAUAGCAGUGCUGUUACUAUCUCCUGUAGUUUGGUCCAUAAUGGCGUUCCUUAGGACACUUCAAUCUGAAGAAUUGUCUCUAACUUCCAAACCUAGGAAGUAUGGCUUCAUUGCUUGGUUUGUGAGUACUUCAGUUGGAUUGUUGCUUUCCUUUUUGAGCAAGUCGUCUGUUCUUCUGGGAUUGUCCCUGACAGUACCUCUGAUGGUGGCAUGCCUAUCUGUUGGUAUUCCGAUAUGGAUUCGCAAUGGUUAUAACUUUUGGUUUUUGGGUGGUAGUAAUGCAGCCCAUACUGAGAAUCCUUCUUUUACAAGGAAGGAGGGCGUUGUUCUUUUCGUCUGCAUUGCUUUGUUUGUUGGUUCUCUUUUAGCUCUCGGUGGUAUCAUAUCUGCAAAUCCUUUGGAUGAUUUAAGCUACAAGGGCUUGACUGGCAAUCAGAAAAGUCUUUCGUCUCCAUAUGUAUCAUCCAUUUACAUUGGCUGGGCAGUGGCUUCUGCACUUGCAUUAGUAGUUACUGGCGUGCUGCCUAUAGUGUCAUGGUUUGCAACUUAUAGAUUUUCUCUUUCCUCUGCCGUAUGUAUUGGAUUGUUUGCAGCUGUGCUUGUGUCAUUUUGUGGGACAUCAUUUAUGAUGGUUGUGAAUUCAAGAGGUGACCGGACUCCGAUCAAGGCUGACUUCCUUGCGGCUUUGCUUCCGUUGAUUUGCAUGCCCGCAAUAUUGGCACUAUCUUCUGGUUUGCUCAAGUGGAAAGAUGACAACUGGAAGCUUUCUCGAGGUGCUUAUUUAUUUAUGAUCAUUGGCCUGGUUCUGUUGUUCGGGGCAAUUUCAGCAGUUACAGUUAUAAUUGAGCCAUGGGCGAUUGGUGCAGCAUUCCUUUUAGUUAUUCUUCUUUUGGUCCUGGCCAUUGGCGUCAUUCACUACUGGGCUUCGAACAAUUUUUACUUGACGCGGUUUCAGAUGCUAUUUGUUUGUUUCCUUUCCUUACUUCUGGGUCUUGCAGCGUUUAUUGUUGGUUGGCGACUAGAUAUGGCUUUUGUGGGUGCAUCCGUUGGUUACUUCUCGUUUCUAUUCCUGUUGGCUGGAAGGGCCCUAACUGUCCUUCUUUCUCCUCCAAUAGUGGUUUAUUCUCCAAGAGUAUUGCCGGUAUACGUUUAUGAUGCUCAUGCAGAUUGUGGGAAAAAUGUCAGUGCUGCAUUCCUUGUGCUUUAUGGGAUUGCAUUGGCGAUUGAAGGAUGGGGUGUUGUUGCCAGCUUGAAAAUCUACCCGCCUUUUGCCGGUGCUGCUGUUUCAGCUAUUACGCUUGUUGUGGCCUUUGGCUUUGCCGUGUCACGUUCAUGCUUAACCCUUGAGAUGGUGGAAGAUGCUGUUCACUUCCUCAGUAAGGACACUGUGGUACAGGCUAUCGCUAGAUCUGCAACAAAGACAAGAAAUGCUUUGUCUGGAACAUACUCAGCUCCUCAAAGGUCGGCCAGUUCAGCUGCACUUUUGGUUGGGGACCCAACCAUUUCGCGUGAUAGGGCAGGGAACUUUGUGCUUCCUAGGGCUGAUGUCAUGAAAUUAAGAGACCGUUUGCGAAAUGAAGAGCUGGCUGCAGGAUCACUUUUCUCCCGAUUGGGAGAUUGGAGAAUAUUACGGAAGGAAAUCACGGGUGAUUUAGGCCACAGGAGAGAAAUGUGUGCCCAUGCCCGAAUUCUUGCCCUCGAAGAAGCUAUUGACACCGAGUGGGUAUAUAUGUGGGAUAAGUUUGGUGGUUAUUUGCUUCUUUUGCUUGGUUUGACCGCCAAGGCCGAAAGGGUGCAGGAUGAGGUUAGGUUGAGACUCUUCUUGGAUAGCAUAGGUUUUGCUGAUCUCAGUGCAAAGAAAAUCAAGAAGUGGAUGCCUGAAGACCGCAGACAGUUUGAAAUCAUACAGGAGAGCUAUAUACGAGAGAAGGAGAUGGAAGAGGAAGCUCUGAUGCAGAGACGUGAGGAGGAAGGUAGAGGCAAAGAGAGGAGAAAAACUCUUCUCGAGAAGGAGGAACGCAAGUGGAAGGAGAUCGAGUCUUCUCUCAUAUCAUCCAUCCCAAAUGCUGGCAGCCGGGAGGCAACCGCCAUGGCAGCCGCUGUCCGUGCAGUUGGAGGUGAUUCAGUACUUGAUGAUUCAUUUGCACGCGAGAGAGUAUCCAACAUUGCUCGUAGGAUUCGUGCGACUCAAUUGUCUCAAAGAGCACUGCAGACUGGACUUGCUGGUGCUGUAUGUGUUCUUGAUGAUGAGCCGACUACAAGUGGCAGGCACUGUGGCCAGAUUGACCCUAGUUUAUGUCAGAGCCAAAAGGUCAGCUUCUCGGUCGCUGUGUUGAUCCAACCCGACUCUGGCCCAGUCUGUCUCUUGGGCACUGAAUUUCAGCGAAAAGUCUGCUGGGAAAUUCUCGUGGCUGGUUCUGAACAAGGUAUUGAAUCUGGGCAAGUUGGCCUCCGUUUAAUAACAAAGGGUGAUAGGCAGACUACUGUUGCAAAGGAGUGGAGUAUAAGUUCGUCAUGUGUUGCUGAUGGAAGGUGGCAUGUUAUUACGAUGACUAUUGAUGCCGAUUUAGGUGAGGCGACUUGCUUUGUUGAUGGGGUUUAUGAUGGCUACCAGACGGGACUCCCUCUCAAUGUGGGCCAUGGUAUAUGGGAACAGGGCACGGACGUUUGGAUUGGUGUGAGGCCCCCAAUGGAUCUGGACGCAUUUGGGAGGUCGGAUAGUGAGGGCAACGAGCCAAAGAUGCACGUGAUGGAUGUUUUCUUCUGGGGAAGGUGUUUGACUGAAGACGAAAUUGCUACUCUUCCAUCUGCCGUUGGCCCUGGGGAUUACGAUUUGAUCGACUAUACUGAUGACAACUGGCAGUGGGAAGAUUCUCCCCCUAGGGUCGAGGACUGGGAAAGCGACCCUGCUGAGGUUGAUCUGUACGACAGGGACGAGGUAGACUGGGAUGGACAGUACUCGAGUGGGCGAAAAAGGAGAUCUGACCGUGAAGGGGUUAUUCUGGACGUAGAUUCCUUCACGAAAAGGUUGAGGAAACCUAGGAUGGAGACUCAGGAAGAAAUCAACCAACGCAUGCGCUCGGUUGAGUUAGCUGUUAAGGAAGCUCUCUUGGCAAGGGGAGAGCUGCAUUUUACCGAUCAGGAGUUUCCACCCAGUGACCGUUCUUUGUUUGUUGAUCCCGACAACCCACCAUUUAAGUUGCAGGUUGUUUCUCAAUGGAUGAGACCAGAUGAAAUAGUGAAAGAGAAGCAUCUGAUUUCUGGUCCAUGCUUAUUUUCGGGAACUGCGAAUCCUUCUGAUGUUUGUCAGGGCCGGUUAGGCGAUUGUUGGUUUUUGAGUGCGGUUGCUGUGCUGACUGAGGUGUCACGAGUAUCCGAAGUCAUUAUAACUCCAGAUUACAAUGAGGAAGGAAUUUAUACAGUUCGGUUUUGCAUUCAGGGCGAAUGGGUUCCUGUUGUUGUUGAUGAUUGGAUCCCGUGCGAGUCACCUGGCAAACCUGCAUUUGCAACCAGCAAAAAGGGAAAUGAAUUAUGGGUCUCUAUACUCGAAAAGGCGUACGCCAAGCUUCACGGGUCAUACGAAGCAUUGGAAGGUGGGCUUGUGCAAGAUGCUCUAGUUGACCUAACUGGAGGUGCGGGUGAAGAGAUUGACAUGAGAAGUGCUCAGUCCCAGAUUGACCUUGCUAGUGGAAGACUGUGGUCUCAACUAUUACGUUUUAAACAAGAAGGCUUCUUGCUCGGUGCUGGUAGUCCAUCGGGAUCAGAUGUGCAUGUCUCGUCUUGUGGUAUCGUGCAAGGCCAUGCUUACUCGAUAUUGCAGGUACGCGAAGUAGAUGGACAUAAACUUGUUCAGAUCAGAAAUCCUUGGGCAAACGAGGUUGAGUGGAACGGGCCUUGGUCUGACUCAUCACCCGAGUGGACGGAUAGGAUGAAGCACAAACUGAAGCACACACCUCAAGCGAAAGACGGUAUCUUUUGGAUGUCGUGGCAGGAUUUCCAAAUACAUUUCAGGUCAAUAUACGUAUGCCGUGUCUACCCACCAGAAAUGCGUUAUUCCAUUCACAGUCAGUGGCGUGGGUACAGUGCCGGGGGAUGUCAAGACUACGAGACUUGGCAUCAGAACCCACAAUUUCGACUUAGAGCCAAUGGCCCUGAUGCAUCAUUACCCAUUCACGUGUUCAUUACCUUAACUCAGGGUGUGAGGUUCUCAAGAACGACAGCUGGUUUUCGGAAUUAUCAGUCGAGCCACGAUUCAAUGAUGUUCUACAUAGGCAUGAGGAUCCUCAAGACGCGGGGCCGCCGUGCGGCCUACAACAUCUAUCUUCAUGAGUCGGUAGGUGGGACCGAUUAUGUAAAUUCCCGUGAAAUAUCUUGCGAGAUGGUCCUCGAUCCUGAUCCUAAAGGUUAUACCAUAGUACCCACCACUAUCCACCCAGGGGAAGAGGCCCCUUUUGUUCUCUCUGUCUUCACCAAGUCGUCAGUUACUCUCGAGGCUUUAUAGCAUCACGAGUCCUUUUUAAUUUUGGAUUAAUUUUUUCUUGGUGCCUUGAACGCUGAUUUUCGGGCCUCCUGUUGGAUAUGAGCGAGGAAGCUGGUGGCGCGUGAAAAGGUUUGGAUCUUCUUCCAAUUUGUGGAUCUACCCAAUGUGGGUCCCAUGAAGGACAUUGACCGCACGGAUCGAUCUGUAUGUUAGCUUAUCCUCAAUUCUUUUUGGGCUUAUUAUCACCUGGGCCUUCACCUCCAACAGGUUCUCUCUCAGGGAGGAAACAUGUGUACAUGAGUAGACUGAUGUAAGAAUAUAGGACAUUUGCCUUGUAAAUGGACAAGGGCUACAUGCAAAAGGGUUCAAAGGUUAAUAGUUUUAACAUCUUAGUAUAUUAACGUGUCCAGUAGAUAAACAACAGAACAACAAUUGUGGCCAGGGGCGUAUUUGAAGCUUCAGCUGCAAGUUUUUGAAUCUAUGGUCAUGAGCAAGUUAAUUGUAGUAUUCUUGUUCUCCUAGAAAUUAUCAGCAUAUAUUGUCAUUCAAGCCAGUUUGACUUUUUACGCAAAAUUUUACCGGAUGCUAGUGAAGCUUGAUAUUUAGUACGAAUGAGUGUAAUGACAGAAUCCAUUAAAAUUAUCCAACAAGCUCUAGAAGGAAUUUUGGGGGGAACCUUACGAUAACUUAGAAAUCUGGCGCUUUACCGGAUGAUUUUGAAUGUCGAUUUAAUAGUGAAAAACUUUCCCCAACCUUUGAAUUGUGCAAGCAAGAACUUUAUGUAAGAGUUGAAGUUGAUGUUUUCUAGGCGUUUGGACAUGUUUGUGAGUACAUUUGUGAAUCUGUGAUUGGUAAAUGGUUUUAAUCUAGCGAACACGGCAAUCAUCACUGGGUUGGAUCAUUUGAAGCCAGUUUACUUCAUGGCGAAUUUUCACAUAUACCAAAUGAUGAUUUGGAAGUAAUUGAAAUUAUAUCAUGG